UAAGGUCUUUUAGGCGGGUCUAGUUAAGUAACGGUGUUAAUACGGAGUACAAACCUUGUUGACUGUUAAAAAGUUUUAGAUUCCCAUGCGUCUGUCUAAGUGUUUCUGAAGAUAUCCUGGCAUUGUUUUUCCCGAUUAGAAACAUUGAGAUAUUUGCUUACCUGCUUUGUUAUAUUAGUGAACGUUAUUUUUUUGAGAUGUCUUCAGAUAUUCCGGAGAUAUUCAAGGCCUUGCUCGAGCACCCCUUCUCAGUACCCACCUUACAUGAAAACGAAAAUGAGAAAGACAAACUGUCAGGGGAUGAUGUGGAUGGUGGAGGAGGGGUCAGUGGGCUUGGACCAUCAGCUGCCUUGACCCCUGCUAUUUGGGAGAAGACUAUUCCCUAUGAUGGUAAGACUUUCCACUUGGAGUACAUGGAUCUGGAGGAAUUUUUGAUGGAGAAUGGUAUUCCUGCCUCAGCUGAUGAAGGUCAACAGAAAGAACUUGCCAAGAAGAACUCCCAACAGACACUGGAGAAUCCACCUGCUGCCAUCCUAAAGACAGAACCAACCCCAUCAGCCGCAGUUUCUCAGCUGCCAAUCAUGGAACUUAACCAGUGUAAGGGGGAGGUGAUCACAACCACUGCAUCAAACUUAGAAUCAACAGAGACCAAAACAGGCUUUAUCACUAACAUAGACCACAUGACACCGAAGCCCAUUAAACCAGAGGACAUUGAAGUGGAGGUGAACUUUGAACCGGAUCCCACAGACCUCGUUCUAUCUACUGUACCUGGAGGAGAACUAUUUGACCCUCGCAAACAUUGCUUCACUGAGGAGGAACUCAAACCACAGCCCAUAAUCAAGAAAGCCAAGAAAAUAUUUGUGCCUGAAGACCAGAAGAAUGAGAAAUACUGGCAGAAAAGGAAAAAGAACAACAUUGCAGCUAAACGUUCGCGAGAUGCCCGACGGCUAAAGGAGAAUCAGAUCACAGUCCGAGCAGCCUUUCUGGAAUGGGAGAACUCUGCAUUGAGACUGGAGGUGGCUGAGCUGCGAAAGGACUGUGGACGCUGCAAGAACAUUGUGACUCGCUACGAAGCCAAAUAUGGACCACUGUAAGAGACAGAUAAUGGAAGCCUUUUUUGUAGUCACAUUUCUUAGACGCACAUACCUGCAGGAAAGUAAUAAAUUGAUAUAAUUGAUAUAAAUAGAUUGUCUCAGAGUGAAAGAUAUUAUAAAAUAAAAGAUAAGUGACAAUAGCAAUAAAAGACUCCCACUAGUCAUAUAAAGCAGUGCAAUUUAUAGCAACUUAUAACAUGAACAGUCACCAAAUGUAGAUAAAUUAACCACAUUUACAUCCUGGACCACUCAAAGAAGAGUGAACUAUGUUUUCACCUUGAAACCCCAUAUUUAAAAGUUUAUUCUGCGUAACACAAACUGAGCAGAAAUCCUACAUGAUGCAUGCAGUUGUAUGUACAAACCCAAUUCCAAAAGAGUAGGUAAAAUGCACAUAAAACCAGAAGCAAAUGGCUUCUUUUACAGUUAUUUAAUAGAAAAGCAUAAAGAAUAGACAUUUAAUAUAUUAUCUAACUCUCUUUAUUAAUUUUUGUAAAUAUAAGCUAAUUCCAAAUUAGAUGCCUUCAACAUAUUCUAUAAACAUUGGGACACCAACAUUGUAAGACUGGGAAGUUAAUGCAGUGGUCUACAACAUCUGUUUUUCAAAUUCUCUAAGUAACAGGUGAUGCUAAUUGCGAAUGUAAGGAGCAUUAACAAAAUGAAAGCAAGAAUAAGUCAUGGUUUGCCACUUUCCCAAAAACUGUCAGGGGAAAUAGUUCCAGUUAAAAAAACACCUAAAUCUCUGUGGAUAAACCACAAGGCCGAAAACUAAUAUAAAAUGCCCAUGGCUUUCGAUCCAUCAAAAGGCACUGUUUUAAAAAUCAACAUGCUGAUGUAAUGAAUAUAACCACAUGAACUCUUGUAUCUUGGAAAACCUUUUCAAUAAACACAGUUCCUCGCUGCAUCAACAAAA